GAGUCGGAAGCGCGAGCGCCGGCGCCGCUGUCAGUGCGCGAGGGGCAAGCAGCGCGCCCGCGGCUCAGCUCCGGCCCGACUCCUGCCGCGCCUCGGCCGCCGCCCGCGCCCCCCGCUCCCGGCGGAGGCAGCAGGCGGUGGGGGGACCAUGGCUGACGUCUUCCCGGCCAACGACUCGGCGGCGCCUCAGGACGUGGCCAACCGCUUCGCCCGCAAAGGGGCGCUGAGACAGAAGAACGUGCACGAGGUGAAGGACCACCGCUUCAUCGCCCGCUUCUUCAAGCAGCCCACCUUCUGCAGCCACUGCACCGACUUCAUCUGGGGGUUUGGGAAACAAGGCUUCCAGUGCCAAGUUUGCUGUUUUGUGGUUCACAAGAGGUGCCAUGAAUUCGUUACUUUUUCUUGUCCGGGUGCGGAUAAAGGACCUGACACUGAUGACCCCAGGAGCAAGCACAAGUUCAAGAUCCACACUUACGGAAGCCCCACCUUCUGCGAUCACUGCGGGUCGCUGCUGUACGGACUUAUCCAUCAAGGGAUGAAGUGUGACACCUGUGAUAUGAACGUGCACAAGCAGUGCGUGAUAAACGUCCCCAGCCUCUGCGGGAUGGACCACACGGAGAAGAGGGGCCGGAUCUACCUGAAGGCCGAGGUCACCGAGGAAAAGCUCCACGUCACAGUACGAGAUGCAAAAAAUCUCAUCCCUAUGGAUCCAAAUGGGCUUUCAGAUCCUUAUGUGAAGCUGAAGCUUAUUCCUGACCCCAAGAACGAAAGCAAACAAAAAACCAAAACCAUCCGUUCCACACUGAACCCCCAGUGGAAUGAGUCCUUUACGUUCAAAUUAAAACCUUCAGAUAAAGACCGACGACUGUCCGUAGAGAUCUGGGACUGGGAUCGAACCACCCGGAACGACUUCAUGGGGUCCCUUUCCUUCGGAGUCUCGGAGCUGAUGAAGAUGCCGGCCAGUGGAUGGUACAAGUUGCUGAACCAAGAGGAAGGUGAGUACUACAAUGUGCCCAUCCCAGAAGGUGAUGAAGAAGGAAACGUGGAGCUCAGGCAGAAAUUCGAGAAAGCCAAGCUCGGCCCUGCUGGCAACAAAGUCAUUAGUCCUUCUGAGGACAGGAGACAGCCUUCCAACAACCUCGACAGAGUGAAACUCACCGACUUCAACUUCCUCAUGGUGCUGGGCAAGGGCAGCUUCGGGAAGGUGAUGCUUGCAGACAGGAAGGGGACCGAGGAGCUGUACGCCAUCAAGAUCCUGAAGAAGGACGUGGUGAUCCAGGAUGACGACGUGGAGUGCACCAUGGUGGAGAAGCGGGUGCUGGCCCUGAUGGACAAGCCCCCGUUCCUGACGCAGCUGCACUCCUGCUUCCAGACGGUGGAUCGGCUGUACUUCGUCAUGGAAUACGUCAAUGGCGGGGACCUCAUGUACCACAUCCAGCAAGUGGGAAAAUUUAAGGAGCCGCAAGCAGUGUUCUACGCAGCAGAGAUUUCCAUCGGGUUGUUCUUUCUUCAUAAAAGAGGGAUCAUUUAUAGAGACCUGAAGUUAGAUAACGUCAUGCUGGAUUCGGAAGGACAUAUCAAGAUUGCGGACUUCGGGAUGUGUAAGGAGCACAUGAUGGACGGGGUCACGACCAGGACCUUCUGCGGGACCCCGGAUUACAUCGCCCCAGAGAUAAUCGCGUAUCAGCCGUACGGGAGAUCCGUGGACUGGUGGGCCUACGGCGUCCUGUUGUACGAAAUGCUGGCCGGGCAGCCUCCGUUUGACGGCGAGGAUGAGGACGAACUGUUUCAGUCCAUCAUGGAGCACAACGUCUCAUACCCGAAGUCCUUAUCCAAGGAGGCCGUUUCCAUCUGCAAAGGGCUGAUGACCAAACACCCCGGCAAGCGGCUGGGCUGCGGGCCCGAGGGAGAGCGGGACGUGCGGGAGCACACCUUCUUCCGGAGGAUCGACUGGGAGAAGCUGGAGAACAGGGAGAUCCAGCCGCCCUUCAAGCCCAAAGUGACUUUCUGCACCAAAAUGCACUGGCUUCAGUGGGCGUCCAGGCCUUCGUGCGGCAAAGGAGCAGAGAACUUUGACAAGUUCUUCACGCGAGGGCAGCCCGUCUUAACGCCGCCCGACCAGCUGGUCAUCGCCAACAUCGACCAGUCUGAUUUUGAAGGGUUCUCGUAUGUCAACCCCCAGUUCGUGCACCCCACCAUACAGAGCACAGUAUGAAACUCAGCGCCAAGGGCAGGCGCCUCCCCAGCCCCGCCCCUGCCCCCAGCCCUGGGAAAUGAUCCUCAGCCCUAAAGUUUGAAGGCCACCGCCUUGCUUCCAGGUGGAGGCCUGAAAACCGUAGGGUUAUUAGUCCACACGUGAUCAGCUGUUCAGAGUCUCUCACGACCAAGAGCGUCACCUUGGCGGCAGACGAUGUCAUGUACAGCAUCCAGUUUAAUUGUGUAGAGGUCACAUCUGGCGGUAGGUUAACCCUUCCUGGAAGGCAAACAGACUCUGCCCCCCCCCUUUUUUUUUUUUGGUACAAUUUGACAUGUUUUCCAAACGCUCUGUUGAUUUUCACCAUCCGGAUCCCCCAACCAGACAUGUUCAAAGGAACCCGCCCCAGUCCAGGGGGCCGGAAACAUCUCCACCCAAGACAUCUUUGGAGUAAAAGAACGGGGAGCCCAGAGAGUGAGCAAGGCGGGACCUGGGGGCGGUGGGAUUGGGGCUUCAGAAAACCCGCUGCUUGUGUUCUCUGCCUCGAUGGACACGGUCCCUAGAGCCCAAGAGGCCGGGAGGAAUCUAGUCCCGUCUGCAAGCUCACUGUUCCCAGAUGCUGACAUUCGUAACCCACUCACGGUAACGGUCCAGCGGUUACCAGUUCAAACAGAGAGAGGAAGAAAGCCUCAGAUGAGUGUUGGGGGCAUCUGUCAUCUUGUACCCUACUUGGCUGAUAACUGUCUUGAUACCUGCAUUUCUUUUUAAGAGGCCAAAUCUUCUAAGGACUCCGGUAAACGAGCAUGUGAAAUCAUUUCAGAUCAAGGGUAGAUCAGUGUGCGUGUGACGUUCAUUUUAAUCUCUGGGAGAUUAUUCUGGAUCCAGGGUGCCAUCAGCGAUCAUGCCACUACUCACAAGUGUUGUUAGCCAACCCCCCUCACACCGAUACUUCGCUGCCUACUUCCUAAGAAGCCGAAGCGUACACCUCCCACCCCUUUUGUACUUAUUUAUUUAAUAGGCUGCGGUGUUUAUGAGAGUACGAUGUACAGUAAAUUAAUCCAAGUGUUGACUCUAACUUCAGCCCCUAGAAUUGAUUUCCCUCACGUCUCCAGCCCUCGACAUCCUCUUGGGAUGAACAAUACAGUUUUGGUCCCCCAUUUCCGGUUCAUGUUGAAUGACACACCUGAAGCUGUAGAACAGGAAACCUGGAUACGUAUCAGCUCAAAGAGGUUUUAUUGCUAGAAGGAUUUUAAUAUGUUUUGCAAAGGCAUCAUGCAAUGAAUUUUGCAUGUUUAGAAUAAACCUUAAUAACAAGUGAAUCUAUGUUAUUGGUAUAAUCGUAUCAAGUACAAAGAGUAUUAUAAUAAUUUUAUAAGACACAACUGUGCUGUAUUUGUGAAGGCUCUGGUUUCUAGUCUGCUUUCAUGAUUAAGUGUUAGCUUUCUUCUGUGCCGCUGUGCUUCCUCUUCCCCACCCCGACUCGGUGUGUACCCUGCAUUGGCACUGUGUCGGGCGUACUGAUUUUUUAUUGCAGUAGAUCUAAUUUUGAAGGUGAAUGGCUACUUUGCAUGAUCAAUUAGGCUUACAUACACAUAUACAUAAAAAUAUUUGAUUCUACCUGCAAACAAAAGUUUCGUCGGGGGGCGGGUUACUGUCGAGGCGAGGCUCCCUCUUAGCCUCUGAGCCCUGUCGCCUUCAUCACGCUUCCUCCUGUGGUCGCAGGACAUGUUCGGCUCCCGUGCCCCCUGUGCGUUCGUGCAGAUGUGGUGUCGUCACGGCCCCCGGGCUGCACUGUGUUCGCUUAGUUCUUCCCUUCAGCCUUGUUGCUGUUGGAGACUCGGGGCAGGGGGGACGGGAGGAUACCCUUCCUGACACGGUGUGUGGGUGCCCCGGAAGCGUGCUGUCCGUCUCACCGUCCCCGGCACGCCCCGCCGUCCACUCCCGCACGUGCGGACGUGGUGAGGCACAGCCAGGCCCUGGAGCUGUCAGCAGACGCUCUGGGGAGGCUGCAGAGGCUCUCGCAGAUGUUGCUAGAAGCGGCCUUCCCUGUCCUGCAAGGAGCGCUUCCGUGGGACACAGCAUCACAGCGCGGGGUCCUGGGGGGAGCCGGUCAGCAACAGCAGAAAGAACGUUUACGAGGGACACGGUUGUCAGUCCUUACAGGGGGCUGCUCUCUUCCCCCUUGUUCCCCAGAAGCGUGUCCCAGCGAAGCGUCUUCUCAUUUUUACUCUCUGGCUCUUUGCCUGAUUUUCAGCUGCCACACGACCGCUGAGGGGUCUUAGGGAUGAGAGGCCUCGGCCGUCCUGGGAACCCUUGACUGGAGGAAGAGAUGGGGUAGGGAACAGGUUAGACCAGAAAAGAGCAAAUUCUUCCGCCACCUUUUAUGGACCGUAGACUGAAGGGCUCCAGGGGGGCCCCGGCUGCGGAGCUGUGGCCCCAUGGGUCCGUGCACGUGCGGGGGCCACACCUUCCCCAGGUGCACCUCGUUUGCUCUGCUAGAAAAGGGGCCCAAGUACAGAAAGAGCCUAAGAAGCAGAAGAGCCGGUCCUCUGCCCCGGAAGGGCGCAACAGCAGGACGACAGGUCCCCAGCGAAGCCCCAGAGGUGAGCAAAGUCCCAGAAAGGAGGCCACGGGGUUGAACCACGUGUUCCCGAGCCCCUCGCUGCCUGCUCGCGCUAAGCCCCGGGCAGGUCACGCGGCCCUUCACACAGCCGACACAUUUCCAAACUAUUCCUCUUUCUCUAGGAAACAUCCCAGCUGGUUUUUAUCCUUUCUGAGUGUGUGGCAAAGUUUUAAAGGAAAUACCAUGUCUGGGGGGCCCUGUACGCUGCGUGAGCGACUGCAGGCUUGAGGACAAACUUGGGGGGAAAACAGGAAAAACUCCGGUGCCAGCGAAGUGUUACCGUGAUGGGGCGUGUUGGUACGUUGCCAUGUCCCGAAUGGAGAUAGAAGCUAAUGCUUUUUAAAAAUCUGAGCAACCCGAGACGGUGCUGCUGAAAGCACGCGGCAUGCUGGUAACCGUUAGCAGAACGGAUCGAUGAAGGUCUGUGGCUUUAUCCCCCUUCGUGGAGGUCACGUAAAAUAAAGCCGCAGGGAAGGGGCUGCCGUUUCAAAGGGGCUGGGGUAACGAGGAGGCCCUGAAGGGCCAAGUCACUGAGGGACUCGGGAAGGGCCAGCCCCGGGCACGGCCUGUGUCGCCGGGGCCCGUGGAGGUCCAGGCCCGCAGGGGAAUCCAGCCCGAGCUGGGUCCCCGCCAGACACUGCGACGCCAAAGGCCGUUCAGGUUGGUCCCGUGACCUUCCCCUGGGAGGCGGGACGUCCCUCCGAGGCUGCGGCCAGUGGGCGGGCGGCCCUCCUCGGCAUCUCGUUCAGACCCACGAGGGGCUUGGUUCGAAGGAAGAAUCCGGGGUGUGCAGCCCACAGAGGUUAAUGGGGGGUUCGCUCGAGGCUGGAACGAUUCAGAAGGUCGAUAGGAGACCCCGGGAACCGAGCGAUGGCUCUUCAUCACGUCUACUCCUAUUUUGUUCACGUUCAUGCAGAAUCUCUGCCUUGUCGUGUCUUCAGAGAUGGUUAGGCUUUCUUACUAGGAUUUGGGGAGGAAGCCAGAGGGUUAAGAGAUCUCCGGAAACUUGGUCUGAGAUGGUCAGCUAGGAGAGCGUGAGGACCCGGAUUAAUGCGAUUCGGCGAACGACUGUCGAGCCCCUCUGAGCCGUGGUCCUUAGCCGUGGUCGGCAGGGAGUUUAGGGAAGAGCGGGUUUGAGUGCGGAAGGGCUGGCGGACGCUUGCAGUAAGAGGAAGCCAGGAGGGAGGGGAGGCGAGGGCGUCCGGGGCGGGAGCUGCAGUUCCCGGAGGCCCAGCCGUCGGGCGGUGUCGGAUGCGGGUGCUGGUCCUCCUCCGCGAGCACCUCCCGAGCGCCAGCAGCAGCCUUCCUGCCCCCUUGACGGGGCUCCCGGUUCUCUGGGCGGGGCCGAAGCAUCCGGCAGGUGGGUUCGCACCCACUUUUCCCCUGUGACUUCCUGUAGCUGGGGGUCGGCGGGGGGGAGCGGGGACAGAGCAAGAAAACUUAACACUGCUGGUCCCCCCCCACCUCCCCGAUUCCCCGGAGCAGGCGGAAUUGGAGUGUUUUGCUGCGUUUGUUUUCUCAGUACCGAAGGGAAGGACGAAGUGAGGGUCUUACCUUUUUAAAAGCCUCAGAAAGGAAGCACCAUCUGACAGUCAUCUUCUCACCUUGGUCUUAGGAAGUCGCCUAUUUCCUGUACCAUUUCCUGCUUCUUUAAGCCCAGCAGGGGCAGCGCUAAACAGUCAUGAUCGUGAGCCUGACGCGGGGCAGGGACCCAGAGAGGGAGACUCUCAGGGCCACGGGAACAGCGAAGGCCUGACAGCCACAGGAAGCAGAAGGCAUUCUGGCUGUUAGUGACCACACCCUAAUUUGACAGGGAGUGUUGGGAAAUAUUUCUAAAACCUUUUCCUUGGGUUACUUGGGUUACAUUUUAUGAAAUAUACUGACUGUCAACAUUUCUGUCAUUUCCCGUCUGGGCUGAUGCAGCAAAUCUAGGGAAUGCUGUGUAUUUCUGUUGUGAGAAAGGUUCCCUGAGUUACGCGUGGGUGGAGGCAGCCGUGUAGAAAUGGUGUUGACCGCAGUUCUGUUAAUCCCGUCACGUCAGGGGCCCGUCGGGAGGGUUCAGAGUGGAAUGACUAGGUCCCCAGUGCCUCGGACCUGUGUGAUCGGCUGCCAGUUAAUAGCUGUGUAGGUCUAGCUCUGUCAUCAAACAGCCUUCAAAUGACCCACACUAAGGCCCACAGGUUCCAAGACUUUUCUGAAACCUUAUGGAAGAAAUUAAUCUGUUAAUUCCAACAGAACAUCUGAAUAUACUGGGCUAUUUGUACUUUUUUAUAGAGAACUUGAUUAACUCAAUUCUUCCUUAGAAAUGAGUUUUUAAAAUAAAACUACUGUCAAUUUCAUAAGAUUGCAAUCACAUGGAGCCUGUAGGAGGACUCAGCUGGGGUCGGCUAGAGCGCCCCCGUCCUGCAGCCCCCCUGCAGGAUUUUCCCAGCCAGUGGGGUAUGGGGUCCUCAUGACAAUGACUGGCUGGGAGUCCAGGUGGAACGUGUUAGCAGAAUGAUGCCCUCCGUGUUUUUAAUGAGACACUGGGGACAACUGUCUUAAGUCUAGAAACUUUUGGACCACGGGAGAGAUGGCUUUAUUGUCGCCUUUCCAGAUGCAGCUCUAGGAUAGCUUUCCCGUUUCUUGCCCUGCGAGGCUCUGCGACCCUGGGGCCCGUUUCCCUGCUCUGUGAGGCUCUGUGACCACCUUUUGGCAUGGGGGUGGGAGGCGCCUCCUCAGCUCUGUCUCCCGUCCCCACGGGCCCCCAGGUCUCGUGUAUAUGGUGAAAGUUCAGUGAUGCCCUGUGAGAACUUGGUCCCUGGGCGACUCAGAACUACCCCGACGUCCCCAAGAAAGAAGCAGCAAAUGUGCCCAUUGGCAUCAUCUCUCAUGAGUGGACGGGACCCUACUUGUCAAGGCUACUUUAUAAGAACCUUUGUUUUCUAAAAUAAGACAAAAGGUGGCUUUGCAUUUUCUGAUUAAGCAGCUCUGUCUUUGUCCCCUCUGCUUCACUUUAGGAGUAUUUAUUCCUGUGAUUGUUGGUAGAUUCUUGUUGAUACUCUUCCUGGAAAAGUGUGAUUCUUUUCUUGAGGGGAUUAGUGGACUAUUCAAAAUCAUCCAUGAAGGCUGUUAUCCUUUUGAGUCUAAAAAUUCACCUCAUAUCUCUUCUAUUAGGGUCUUUUCGAAUGUCUUUUGUAGAUGGUCAGAAACAUUUGGAAUCACUGCUUUGCUACAUGAAUUUGGGGGAAGGGUGGGCUGAAGGACAAGCCGUGUCUAAAGCAUUCUUGAAAAGGAUCCUAUAUCAGACCCCAAAUUUGUAUGGAGGAGGAAGAGGAAGAGAUGGAGGUUGCAGUUUUCCCUUCUGUCAAGCACCUGCUGGCAAAGCGUAGAGGCCAUUCAGCUGUCAGAUCACAUUUGGUUUAUCGCAGGUGAAAUGGAUGUACAAAUUACUGCAUUGCUCUAAUUCAUAUAACCUCCAAUCUUUGUUUGCAUGAUACGCUUUGUUAGAUACAUUAACUGUAGUUUGGAAGCAAGUGUGUAUGAAUAAAGACGAUGAUCAUUC